AUGUCGACAAUAUACAUAGAUCAAACAUCAGGCAUCGACGCGUCUGGAAAUGGGACCGUUGAUCAGCCUUAUCAAUCCCUUGCCUUCGCUCUCUUCUCGACGCCCACCACCGAAGCCGAGACGACACAAUACCAGAUCCGCAAGGACGCAGAUGCAGCGUACGAUGUACCAACUCAGUCUGCGACGAAAAAGGCCAAAAAGGACGCCCAGGGACUUGAGAAGAAACGUCUAAAAGCACAAGCGGAAGAGAGAGAAUUGAAAGAGAAGGCAGAGAAACGCGAACGAAGGCUCCAGGAAAGCAAAAAGAUCGUGCUUACUGAAGAUUCGUCGCUCCCAAAACCUGUCAAGUCCAAGAUCGUAAAAUUGGAGUCCCUUCGCGGACAGCGCGUUCGAGUAUCUGGCUGGGUCCACAGACGACGCGACCAGCAAGAAAUCACGUUUAUUGUCUUGCGGGACGGGACAGGAUACCUGCAGGCUGUUCUUACUGGGGAUGCGAACAAAACAUACGAUGCCGUAACAUUACAGCUAGAGGCAUCAGUUGAGCUAACUGGUACGCUCAAGGCGGUUCCUGAAGGCCAGCGCGCUCCUGGGGGACACGAACUAGUCGUUGACUAUUGGCGCGUCCUUGGUGCCGCUCCUGGUGCAGAGGAAGCAUUUACUAACAGACUCAACGAGCAAUCUGAUCCGUCGAUUCUAGCUGAUCUCCGACAUCUCGUUCUCCGUGGCGAGACCGCUUCUUCUGUGCUUCGCCUGCGUGCAGCCCUUCUCUCAGCUUUCCGUCAGUCGUAUGCAGACAACGACCUUUUGGAGGUGACUCCGCCCUGUUUGGUACAAACCCAAGUGGAGGGUGGCGCAACGCUCUUCAAGUUCGAUUACUACGGUCAACCGGCGUUCCUCACGCAGAGCUCCCAGCUUUAUCUUGAAACAUGUCUACCUUCCCUGGGCGACGUAUUCUGUGUCCAGGAGAGCUUCCGUGCUGAAAACAGUCACACUCGCCGACAUCUGAGCGAGUACACGCACCUUGAAGCCGAGCUUGCAUUCAUCACAUUCGAUGACCUCAUGACACACAUAGAAGCCAUUAUCUGCGAGACAGUCGAUAAACUCCUCAUCAACCCUGCUACCACAGCCCUCAUCAAAACUCUGAACCCUCACUUUAAAGCGCCUUCUCGUCCAUUCAUGCGUAUGUCCUACGCAUCCGCCAUCGCAUGGCUCAACGAGCACAAGAUCCAACGCCCGGCCGAGGACGCCGACGGCAACGUGAUUACCAAGAAAGAUGAGGAGACUGGUAAAGACGAGCCCGUGAUGGUCGACCAUGAAAUCGGCGACGACAUUGCGGAGGCUGCGGAGAGGCAGAUGACGGAUAUCAUUGCGGCGCCGAUCUUUUUGUAUGGCUUCCCUGCAGAGCUGAAAGCUUUCUAUAUGCAGAAGAUGCCAAGGCAAGAGGGAGAGCAGGGUCCUGUGUACACAGAGAGCUGUGACCUUUUGAUGCCUGGUGUUGGCGAAAUUGUCGGCGGAUCGAUGAGGAUAGCAGAUAUGGAAGAGCUAUUGGCGGCAUACAGGCGCGAGGGCAUUGACCCUGCCCCUUAUUACUGGUUCACUGACCAGCGCAAAUAUGGUACUUGUCAGCAUGGAGGGUACGGACUGGGCGUCGAGCGUUUCCUUGCGUGGCUGGCUAACCGAUUCACUGUGAGGGAAUGCUCACUGUAUCCACGAUGGCCCGGUCGUGCGACACCUUAG